GAUGCAAAGCAGACACGAGUUGUGUUGAGUUGUGUUUACAUUCAAUAAUGCAUUCAAACGAGUCUUAAAUUGUGAUUAAAACUAAACCAUAGACUCAAUCGUCAAGUGAUGUCCAAAACUCCAGACAAUAGUAAAGCCACUACUGAUGGACACAAGAAGAAGGCCCACAGCUCAACGGCACCGACCGGUGGCAGUGGUGGCGGACCGGCGACCGCAGCGCCGGCUCCGGCAUCGGAUCCAUUGGACAGACAACUGACGCCCGAAGAGCUGGAGAUAUACCCCGAGAGGAGAGGCGGACGGAUCCACAAGAAUUGGGUGGAGAGGAUGGUUGACAGAGAGGACUACAAUAAGAUUAUAUGCGAGAAACGAGUCAACGAUGUCAUUGAGUCGAGUCCGUUAGUAAAGCUAAUGAUGUCCGCUAUGAAAUCGCACGGAUGUGAGGUCAAUAUCCGGCGCCAUAUAUCAUGCGAGUGCUGUUCAGAUGCUGUCACCGGCGGUUACGAUCCGCAGCUGAACCAAGUGGUGGUCUGUCAGAACCGAAUCUGGAAUAAGGGGAUAAUCCGCGGUAUUCUCGCCCACGAAUUCCUCCAUAUGUUUGAUUACUGUCGCACGAAAUUUGAUUUCAAUAAUCUCGAACACAUUGCCUGCUCCGAGAUACGAGCGGCUAAUCUGUUCCACUGUUCAAUGAUUAGCUCUAUGCUCUUGGGAACCACCAGACCCUGGAAUGUAGCCAAAACACAUGCCAAUUGUGUGAAGAGUAAAGCCGUCGGUUCAAUAAUGGCCGCGCGUAAAGACUUGAGUCCGGACGAGGCGUGGAGUAUUGUGGACAAAGUGUUUGACAAAUGUUAUAACGAUUUAGAGCCACUCGGGCGACGGCUUAGGGCCAACUCUAAGGACAUGGAGUGGGUCUAUAGGGAUAGAUUUCAUUAUAAUUAUGACUCCAUUUAAUUCAUUAGAUUUAUAGUUUGUGUUUU